AUGGUGUCUUAUUGUGAUUUUGACUUGUCUUGUCCUGUCUUGUUGUGUCAUGUCCUGUCCUGUCUUUUUGGGUCUUGUUGUGUCCUGCCUUGUUGUGUCUUGUCCUGUCUUGUCCCAUCUUGUUGCAUCUGCUGUGUCUUGUCCUGUCUUGUCCCAUCUUGUUCCUUGUCUCCUCUUCCCACUCGCUACCUCCGGUCCUAA